AUGCCUUUCCUUAAAACCGAAUCUGGAUUACCCCACGACAACCAAACAGGUCCAGGCGCCUUCGAGAGGCUCGUGGAGAACCUUAGUGCGGCUUUAGGUCCGAGUUCGGGGCUUGAUUCUAGUGAUGUUGACCCGAUGGAAAUACAACUUUUGAUGGAGAAAUAUGUUUCAAAUGAGGAAGAAUGGGGCUCUUAUGCACUGGGGGAUGCAAGCAGGACCUACACAAGGAAUUUAAUUGACGAGGGGAACGGCAAGAGCAACUUGUUGAUACUAGUGUGGAGUCCUGGAAAAGGCAGUUUAAUCCAUGAUCACGCCAACGCACACUGUGUUAUGAAGAUCUUGAAAGGGAAACUUCAAGAGAACCUCUACUCAUGGCCCGACCAAGCAAAGAUAGAGGAUGGUCAACCCUCUCCACCGCAACUUACCAAGCAAACCACCUACGGCGAAAACCAAGUGACCUACAUGUCCGACAAGCUUGGUCUACACCGGAUAUCCAACCCUGACCCGGAAGAUUUUGCCAUCUCAUUACAUCUUUACACUCCACCCAACGCUGCGAUUCAUGGAUUCUCCAUUUUCGAUGCGAAAACGGGCAAGGCAUUUCAUGUCAAGCAGACCAAUUUUUACUCCUAUCGUGGUCAACGCUUUGAUAAUGGACAAGAGUAA